CCGGGCCCGCGGCUCUAAUCUGGUGGCCGGCCAAGUUGACGCCUGUCCGGAUCGGGCCAUUGCGCGACUGGCCUCACGCCCGGCGUCGCGCGCCUGCGUGGCUGCACUCUGCAACUUGCAACAUGGCGACGACCGUGACCGUCAAUUUUACCUGCGGCGGCGUCCGCGACGGCUCGAGCGACGACGACCUCGCGGUCGAGAUCGCGUCCGUGCCCGUCAUCUUCUUGUGCUCGCUGGCCGGAAGCAUGCUGCCCGUGCUCUCAUCAUACCUCGCUUGCCUCCGCAACAGCCGCAAGGUCAUGGAGUGCUUCAAUGCACUCGGCUUUGGCGUCGUCGUCUCAACAGCGUUUGUCCACAUGAUCCCACCCGCGAUGCGCAACCUCGACAGCCCGUGCCUCGACUUGCCGUACACGGGCCUUGCCAUGGUCAUCGUGCUCGCCACGGUCUACAUCAUGCAAGUGCUCGAGACCGAGCUCGUGAUUGCCAUGUCGCGGCCAUCGCCGUCCGAGAUGACGAUCUUUGACGAGCCGCCCGCGAUGCUGGCCAAGGACGACCACUACGACGACGCCGAGUCGCCACUCGAGAUGCGCCGCAUGACGCGCGUGCCAGCGACAGCGACAUUGGCCCAAACGAUCUUGCGGCGGAAGAUCACGACAAUCAUCUUUGAAGUCGGCGUCGCGAUUCACUCGGUGCUCAUUGGCCUCGAGCUCGGCGUCGCCGACGGCGACACGUUCCUAACGCUUUGGAUUGCGCUCUCGUGCCAUCAGUUCUUUGAAGGCGUCGCCGUUGGCACGUCGUCGGUCUCGGCGUUCUCGGGCUUGAAAGCCGCGCUGCGCACAGCGUUUCUUUUUUCGAUUACGACUCCGAUUGGUAUUGUCAUUGGCAUUCUUGUUAGUGAUUCGUACAGCCCGACCUCGACCACCGCGCUGUGGGUCAGCGGUGUCUUGGAGGCCAUCGCCGGCGGUAUCCUCGUCUACACGGGCCUCGUUGAGCUCGUGACGUACCAGUAUACGAUCAACGCCGACUUCCACGCCAAGUCGACGCCACGGCGCACGGCGAUCUAUGUGUGUUUUUACAUUGGCUCGGCCAUUAUGGCUGCGAUUGGCUACUUCGUCUAAGAAGUCGCUAACCAACUCGUUAUCUGUAUCA